CGCGCCGCCCCGCCCCUUCCCGCGCCCGGUUCCGCGCCCUAGGUGUCCCGGCCGCGUCCGGCGGGACAUGCUGCCCGACUGCCUGUCGGCGGAGGGCGAGCGGCGCUGCCGGCGGCUGCUGGCGGGGGCCACGGCUCGGCUCCGCGCGCGGCCCGCUGCGGCCGCGGUGCUCGUGCCGCUGUGCUCGGUGCGCGGGGUCCCGGCGCUGCUCUACACUCUGCGGUCCAGCCGCCUGGCCGGGAGGCACAAGGGUGAUGUCAGUUUCCCAGGCGGCAAGUGUGACCCCGCUGACCAGGACGUGGUACACACCGCCCUGAGGGAGACCCGCGAGGAGCUGGGCCUGGCUGUGCCUGAGGAGCAUGUAUGGGGCAUCCUGCAGCCAGUGCACGACCGGGGGAAGGCCCCCGUGGUGCCGGUGCUUGCCAGCGUGGGCCCACUGGAUCCCCAGAACCUCAGGCCCAACCGCGAGGAGGUGGACGAGGUGUUUGCACUGCCCCUGGCCCAUCUGCUGCAGGCACAGAAUCAGGGCUACACCCACUUCUGCCAGGGCGGCUGCUUCCGAUACACGCUGCCCGUCUUCCUUCAUGGGCCACACCGUGUCUGGGGGCUCACGGCUGUCAUCACCGAGUUCACCCUGCAGCUGCUGGCACCUGGCGCCUACCAGCCCCGCCUGGCCAGCCCUGAGCUGCCCAGGGGCUGAGGCCCGGCCCUCAGCAGCCAGCCCCUGCCUUCGCCCUGCCAGGCCAGCUCCACCUCAGGAUUGAAUAAAGAGCCUUUACACCA